AUGAGUACAAACACAUACCCCUCACCAGCGUCGUCGGCGACUCAGUCCAAUGUCGAGCCAGAGCAAGUGGCGCAACCUCCAUUGACUACGUCUCGGGCGCCAGAUCAUUAUCAAACGCAGACGAACCUUCAGCACGCAUCUACUGCACUCCAGGCAGCAUACCGUCGAAUCCGUCAAGUGAGACGAAGCCUGCUGGAACUGUCGGACGCCAUUCCAACACGCGAUUGGGAGAACAGGGUCGAAGGUGACUCUGAACUGAGGCCUAGACACGACGCCAUUAUGCUUACAGGCUCCAUGUUCGAUGAUUCUGGCGAAUCCUCUGAUGAGCCCUUUGAAGUUGACCGGCUUCGAGGCGCCUUGCCUGCAAUCGAGGGACGGGACCUUGAGCGACAAUCUGACCCAGCGCGGUCAAGUCUCUAUUUCGAUUUCGUUCGCGAAAAUGACAUCUCAGACGUUCCUUCACGUUACAGUCGCCUUCCUCUUGCACCGCUUGGUUCCAUUUCAGAAAGCACGACGCCCCCACCAGCCCCAGCUCCUCCUCCGCUCAUCCUGAAUUCACCUAUCAGCCCCCCUCGUUUGCCACGAAGAUCAUUGCUGGAAUCAGGCCUGCUACGCCGUCGUGAACUCAGUGACGAUCCUAGCACAACCACUGGUCGCCGUGUUGCAGCUCUUGAAGCAGCAGGUUCAAACAACUAUGUUGAUUCGCCCGUUGCAAUGUCAGCGUCCGACGAGCUCCUGGCAUUACCUCUUUCUGCCGAGCGUGAUUUUGAACAUUUACGUUCAAUUGUGCGCCAGCGUCGUUCUGAUCCGGGUGUAUCGGCCAGAGUAGACUUGCUACUCGAAAAUAUCCGUCGGACAAAUGGUGAUCGACCCACUCGGAGCUUAGACACACCAAACACGCAGAGAAAUGGAAGCCAAAUGGCACCUAAUCCUACUCCAAGGACAUCUUACGGCUCUCGCAGGUUUAGAUAUUCACGACCAACAUCCAUGCAGUCACCAGUGUCUCCCUCGUCAGACACAUUAUCGUUGUUAUCAAACUUCUCCAUUCAGAAUUUGCCAACUCCAACAUCUUCCAUACUCUCACAUCCGCCCCUUCUAUUUGACGAGCCCUUAAGUUAUGCUCAACCAUCAGACCCCAACUUCCAGUCUCGCAGUGCGGUGGAUCGAGACGGCAGUGUGAUGGAGGACCAGGACAGAAGAGGAUACUACAUUAGUCGACGAAUCAAUUCAGAAGGGCAAGAACAUGUACACAAUGUUCAGGCUGAUUGGUCGGAUGAUGCAAUGGCCUGGUUGAUGCCCACAAGAGAUCGGCUUCAGCAGGAUCAAUCGGCACAGAGCCGGAUACAUACUCGCAGACCUAGGGAUGGUACAAUUACCGGUCCAAGGGUGACGUCUCCCCUGCCAGAACCUGCGACUCAUCGGCGUCGUUGGAGUGAGCCACUCACUUUAUUUACUCUCGAGAUCAAUGCAUUGACUUAUUUUUUUCAAGCGCACCUUGAUGCGGAUGGCAACGAGAUUCCUUAUGAUGAAGAAGAGGAGAUCGAACGUAAUCGCAUCCAUCAACGCCUUCGAACUCACGAGCGUCGUUUGACAACACAACCGGUCAUCGAGCCUUCUACACAGCGACUGUCUGACCUUGUUCCCGUUACUCAGACUUCAAUUUAUGCCGACGACGAUGCCACUAUCUAUCGACGGCCUCGUGUCAGGCUUGGCCGUCUAGAAGGCGGCGACCUUUUUGAAUAUAAUCGGGCGUCUUUGGACCUUUCAAUUGGCCAAAACGAUUACCUCUAUCCCAGCCGGCGCACUGCGCCUUCGAAUGAGGAUCCGGAGUAUUAUGGUUCGGAUGUACCGUUCUAUGUCGACCCCUUGCCCAUGCCUCUAUCGGAGAUGGUGUCUUCUCCGUCAUUGCAACUAGAGAAGAGCGCCGUUCGAGUCCAUAAGAACGCCAGUCUCGCAGGGAGAUAA